AUGCUCACCGCUAUCAUCAUACCAGUACCUCCUAUCAUCUACUUGGACGAUGAGGAUGACAAGCCCAGCGCUUCCUUGACGCUGAACGUCUCAAACAGUGAUUCUAAGGGGCUCACCUCGGGCGAGAAGCCCAAGCUCUUUGAUGAGCAUCGGGUUAUUAAGACAACAAAGUAA